UCAUAGUUUCUACAACAACUUUUUCUGAUUUCUAAUUUCCAACCAUUUGCCUAUUGCUCAGCUUAUCUUGAUGGAAAGAAAAUAUCCACCGAUGUCGUCGACAGUGUUAGUGACCUGAUAUCAAAGCUUUUCAUGCUGUUUCAUUUCCCAAGGCUUAUGUUGUAAAUAAACCGCAGGACGCAUAUUAAACAGCUGCGUAAAGCCACGUGGAAAGAGGUCACAAGAACUCCAUCUACUUAAAGAAUUUACACGUAUCAGUAAGGUUAGACACCAUGUCCAUAAAGAACAUAUGCUGUAUUGGGGCUGGUUAUGUUGGCGGUCCUACUUGUAGUGUCAUCGCUUACAAAUGUCCAGAAAUAAUGGUCACAGUCGUGGACCUGAGCAAGGACAGAAUCGCCCAGUGGAACUCCGAGCAUCUGCCCAUAUUUGAGCCUGGUUUGAUGGAGAUAGUGAAGGAAUGUCGUGGCAGAAAUCUUUUCUUCACCACAGAUAUAGACAGGGGGAUCAAGGAGGCAGAGCUUAUCUUUAUCUCUGUCAACACACCAACUAAAAUGUACGGGCUGGGAAAGGGUAGAGCAGCAGACCUGAAGUACAUUGAAUCAGCAGCCAGAAGGAUUGCAGAUGUGGCACCAAACUCUAAGAUUGUGGUUGAGAAGAGUACAGUGCCUGUCAGAGCAGCAGAGAGUAUCAAUAAUAUUCUGAAAGCAAAUCUGAAAACAAAUAUAAACUUUCAGAUCCUUUCAAACCCAGAGUUCCUUGCAGAAGGGACAGCCAUUCAGGACCUGUUGAAUCCAGACAGAGUUUUGAUUGGUGGAGAGGAGUCCAUAGACGGCCAGGCAGCGGUGGAGAAACUGGCCUCCAUAUACAAACACUGGGUCUCUGACAGCCAUAUUAUCACCAUGAACACCUGGUCAUCUGAGCUCUCCAAACUGGCUGCCAAUGCAUUUCUUGCCCAGAGAAUUUCAAGCAUCAACGCGAUGUCAGCCAUCUGUGAGGCAACAGGGGCAGAUGUUGACCAGGUGUCACACGCCAUAGGGACUGACAGCAGGAUAGGCCCUAAGUUCCUUAAAGCCAGUGUUGGGUUUGGAGGGAGCUGUUUUCAGAAAGAUGUCCUCAACUUGGUGUAUUUAAGCGAGUGUCUCAACCUGCCUGAGGUGGCGGCCUACUGGCAGCAGAUAAUUGACAUAAAUGAUUACCAAAGACGCCGUUUUGCCAACCGUAUUGUUGAAGCCUUAUUUAACACUGUUCACAAUAAGAAGAUAGCUAUCCUUGGGUUUGCAUUCAAGAAAGACACAGGAGACACUAGGGAGUCAGCCAGUAUCUACCUGUGUAAAUACCUGAUGGACGAGGGCGCCUGUUUGACCAUCUACGACCCACAGGUAGAGAAGGCUCAGAUAUUCAGUGAGCUGCUGCAUCCUGCUAUUUCGGAGGACCCAGACAGAGUUGGUGAACUGGUCACCAUAGAAGAUGACCCAUAUAAAGCCGCAGUGGGCGCCCAUGCUGUGGUCAUAUGUACAGAAUGGGACCUCUUCAAGGACCUCGACUACCAGCGCAUGUACAACCAGAUGUUAAAGCCUGCCUUCAUCUUUGAUGGCCGUCUCAUCCUUGAUCAUCGCGCCCUCCAUGAUAUUGGAUUCCAUGUUGAAACCAUCGGGAAAAGGAUAACACGAGGACGCGGACAUUUGGUUCGUCAAUUUGCCAAGCCUGGAUUGUAGAUGUUUUCCCUUAGGAAUAAGAAUUAUGGACACAAAUUAUGUAUGAAAGAGGGUCUUGGUCUUAGUUUUUACCUCAGGUUUCUCAAUUUUAGAAUAGAUCUAUUUAUUCUGCUUGGUAUUAUGGCGGGAAAGCUGAAAAUAUUUUGAUAAUGGUGAGAGAGGGGACUGUGAUCAUAACUUUAUCAUGAAAUUCAAAAUCUUAUUUACCAUUUUUUAAGGAAAUGGGUACAUCUUACUUUUAAGUAUAAAAAUACUUUCCAUCUCAGCAUAUCAUUGUUCUUUUAUAGUCUGGCACUCUGCCUCAAUUUAAUUUUUUGAUAAGUAAUUUCGGGUAACGUGUAUUAUGCUUACAAUGAAAUAUUUCCAGAAGGCAUUAUCAAAUUGAUAAUCUUUUAUCCAAAGUAAGAAAUGUGAUUUAAAUAUUGUUCAACAUAUAAGUUGUUAAUUAGACCAAACACAUUUUUUGUAGUAUGGUAUAGAUAUUAUUUUUUUAUUUAUUUAUUUAUUUUGUAAAAUAAUUUUAUAGCUGAAUGAUUUUGUUUCAUAUUUAAAUAGAAUCUGCAUUAUUGGGUA